GGUACCGCCCUCGCCGCGCUGGAAGUGACGGUCGCCGGCGUUGACGAUUUCCUGUGUGCCAUGUGACGCCCAAUGGUUGACUUGGAGCAAGAUGAACUAUACGCCCGGCACAGCCAGCCUGAUAGAAGACAUUGACAAAAAGCAUUUAGUAGUGCUCCGAGAUGGAAGAACAUUAAUAGGAUAUUUGAGGAGUGUAGAUCAAUUUGCUAAUUUAGUUCUUCAUCGGACAGUGGAACGAAUCCAUGUUGCAAGGAAAUAUGGUGAUAUUCCAAGAGGGAUUUUUGUUGUCCGAGGUGAAAAUGUGGUGCUUCUGGGUGAAAUAGAUCUGGAGAGGGAGACUGAUACUCCUUUACAGCGAGUGUCAAUUGAGGAGAUUCUGGAAGCUCAAAGAGUUCAGCAGCAUGAAAAGCAAGAGGCGGAAAAGGUAAAAAGUGAAGCAUUAAAAGAGCGAGGAUUAUCUGUCCCUCGCACUGAUGCUCUUGACGAAUACUGAACAAAAGUACAAUAUCGGACUUUCAAAUCACCUUGAAUCAGAGGACUUGAAUUACUAGACCACCCUGGUGAAAUGGGAUAGAUUGUAUCUAAAAAUAACUGAACUGUAAAAAAAAAUAUUUUAAUAGUAUAUUUUACAAUGGUGAGUAUGAAAUAACUGUACUUUUAAAAAGAAAGAACAUCUUUCACUUGUUUUUAAUUCCAUACUCUUGGCCUGAAAAUGUUAACGAUAAGUUUUCACCGUAAUGAACCUUUACCCACAAGAGAUGGUUAUAUUAAUCAAUGCAUUAUUCAUCGAUACAUUUGUCUUGCAUAAAUUAAAUUGCUGUGCAUUUACUGAAAAUAAAUAUUUUCCUAUGUUUGAAGCUUGAAAUUUUUGUUUAGUUAAUAAUUGAUAUAAUUUCAGCUCAAUUGUUUGCCAUGUGUAAUUCAUUAUUCCCAAAUUAAGUGCUGUUGUUGCCUAAAAAAUAAAGUCACCACAGUUAACAUUGGUUUUGAACUGCUGUGGGACUCCCUGUAUAUUGUUGAAAGUGCUUAGAUGCAAGCUUUUUAAAAAAUAAACUAAUACAAUAAAUUCCCUUUGUAA